AUGGAGUUUGGUAUCUUUGGGAGAGGAAGAAGUGGGCUUUGGCGAAUUGUGCUGGUGUUUGGUGGAGUUUUGGUGGGUUUGGAGUUGGUGAGUGGCUCGGAUAUCUCGAGUUGGAUUAAUGAUUGGCUGUAUGAACAGUCGGGUUCAAGUAGGUCUAGUUCGACGGGAACGGUAGGUAGCGAUUCUGAAUGGGAGUCGAGAGUAACGGGUAUUAUGGAGAGUGCGGCGUACCAGAAAGAUCCUAAUCAUGUACUUAAGGCUACUAAGGUGCUGACUUUCGAGAUUGAUAGCCAAUGUAGAAAUACGUUGAACGACCCGAGAAAUUCUGGUGGUAAUUUGACGAUUGACUUGACUCUGAAGAUGGCGGAGGUUCAAAGGGCACUUAGACACUUUUAUAAUACGGGUAAUAGGAUUGCUGAUCCCCAUCCUUUUGAUUGUGUAACGAUUAUUGGUAAUGUAAGAGAUAAACACAAGGCUAUUGUUGAGACCUUUAAAGAAGUAAUGACUGUUUUUGAAUACUUCUAUACGUCUAAAUCCUUAAUACUUGAUUGGAUUAUGAUUUAUCCGACUGAUUCAGGGCAAUAUCCGACACUGGCUCCUAGAUCGAGACUGUUUGAGGCUAAGCUUGAGACGAUCACUUUUAUUAGUACGACUGAGCGUCUUAUUCGUAUGGUUAUACAACAGUACGAAUUUAUCAAACCAGUUAAUAUCGCUCUAAUGGAUGGCGCUUUGAUUAAUGAACCGGAUGUGGUUGCGACUAUAGCUAAUCCGCGGUGGGCUGGAUUGCUUGAGCUUAUUUUAGAGAAACCGUCGCUGCUGGGGCCUAUCAAUGGACUAUCCCUCGCUUUGGAGGAUGCUAUUCGUGAGUGUUUAGACUUCAAUCAGACGAGGGGGCCAAUUCCUGCUUUUAAUUUGGAUGCAUUGCUUAAAUACCAGACCCUUAUGGCCUUUGAGAUAUUUGUUCCAUCUUUAGCUACGAUGCCUACGAUUAAGGAUAUAGUAGCGGGAUUUGAGUGCUUUUUCGACAAUAGUUGUUGCCGGAUAGCGAUCUUCUCUUUAGACCUGCUGAAUAAGCAUAUGACUAAGAUGCUAAAAUGGACUACAUGGUGGUAUCGAUUUCAAAGACCGCGUCGCUUAGUGUUUGUUUUUCACAGCAAACACACUGUACUCUCUUUUAAGGAAUACCGGACCUUGCUAACUUGGGCAUACAUUAGUUUUCCGAACUUACUUAAUCUUUCAAUUGUUAAUGGUGAAAUAUCUCCGGGUGAUUAUGCUAAGGCUAGCCAGGUAGUGUUGGUUGGAUAUGAGCCGGUGCAGAAAGUUAAAGAUACUAGUCAUUAUCUGCGACGUGAGAAGGAACUUGGCCCAACUAGAUCGAAUGAUAGUCAAUGUAAUUCACAGAUCAGAAUUAAGUUUGUGCCGUAUACUGGACUUGAAACCUUCUCUAGCCCUGAUCAAUGCAAUCUUAUUAAUAUCACACCGUCAAAUCAUAGAGUUCUUACUCGUGUCGCCCUGGACAUAAAUCCUAAACUAGCGGCGAGAGUUGUUGGCUUGAUUUUGUCCCUGGAUAUUAUUCUCGCUAUACAACUGAUGGGAUUACAGGCGCAGGCUUUUCUUGGACUGGCUGGGAUGUUUCCGGCUUAUUCGAUUAUGGAGUAUCUUGAUCGGAUAAGCAACUAUUUUGGACCCACUAGCAAAUGGGACCUCUGUGGCACCCGAGUAACUAUAUGCCACCAUUGUGCUCUGUCUAGUUCUGAUAGGGGAGAUAGUACAAGUCCAGUUGGCCAUACUAUUCCUAGUAUUCUUCUGCCUUGUGGUGGAAUUCUUUGUUAUAAGUGUUUAAAGUCGACAGGCUUUCAACACUGUCCCCAUUGUAACUUGGUGCUAGAUCAAAGUUCCGAACGGCCUUUCGUGGUAUAUAUGUUGCGGCUAGAUCAGUCCUCUAAUUGUUCACGCCCUGUGCCUAUCGUCCGAUCUUUCAUAGGGUCCCCAACAAUUGCUGUGCAAAUGCAACUGGACGAUCUUCAUCCGAACUCGCACUUUUACCACUGCCAACGCUGUUUAUUGGAUCGAGGGGAUGGACCACUUAAAUAUUGUCCUAGUACAAUUGACUACCCGGUAGAUAUGAUUUGCGAAGUAGGAUCUUAUCUAUGUCAGAAAGAAGCCCAGCGCGAUAGUAGUGACAAGGGCGAUCUAGAGCUUACUUCAUUAGCACGAGCCAUUGCUAAGAAUCCUAUGUUUAGGUCGGUAACGAGGACCUACAAACCAGCCAAAGAGCAGCAAAGAGAUAAUGUCCAUAAAAGAGCACAACCUGUCGAACCUAAUAAGAAUAGGACUUCUAAUCCCAAUGAAGCUACGCUUUAUGUGUUUGGAAUGAUAUUACUCUGUUAUUUAUUCCGCCUGGCCUACUGCUACAUAAUCGAAUGA